AUGGUCACAGAGAAGAUAGUGCCGACCCGAGAAUGUGGCGAGGCUCACAAGCGCUUGGUGGUCAACUCGGCUUUGCUGAGUCUAAUCGACCCGGUUCGAGGAGCACCUACGAAAAGCCUCCUUGACGGACAUCCCGAUGACGAUUUUCUGAAAAGUCAUCAACUCAAGGAGAGAUUCCUCGACUCAUUCGCACUUAUCUGCUCAACAUCAGGUUGCGGCAAGGAGACGGCCUCGGCCGUCUGCAUGGAACAGAAUCAGUCGUCUGAAACCAUUUUACGCGUCGCUCGCAAUCGCGGCCUAUCACAGCAAGACCGCAAUGGACUUGAAAGGAUGUUACAAAUCCUUGUCUCAACUGCCAAAGGAGAGAAGUUAUCAAAGCAAGCCGAAACAGAAGUCCUAGAAGAAGUGGUUGAUUUAGACAGAAGCCGCAUUUUGUCGCUUGUACAGAAGCUCGAGAAAGGUGGGAUUCGACGUGUGUUCCAGCUGGCAAUCUCCCGGCUCUUCGACAACGGUUGUUAUGAAGAAAUAUCGGAAGACCCACGUUUUGGGUGUUGGAUAAAGACGUGCCCUUUCACAGGCACAUAUCUAAGCUCCUCUGGGUCGUCUCAAUUGUUCUCUCUUAUCAAGUGGGCAGCGCAGGCUAGAUGGGUCUACCCUAAGCAUUUGCAGGUCUUGCUCGCCUUCGGCCCAACGUCGACUCCCCCAUGGAUUGAAACCCUUUACAAACUUGCUCGCUAUUGGGCAGCGAUCAAGUCGAUGAUCAAAUUUGCCAUGAAACAGCCUGCGGUCUUCGCGAGCAUCCGCAUUCAGGAUGUUAAGGCCCCUCAGCAACAAACAUUCUCGCUUUUCCAGGAGCAAACACCUCUCCGGAAAGCUCUCAAGAGAUUAGUCAAAACAGACUACGCGGUGACGAUAACGAAAUUAGCCCAGCGCUGGAAGACAGACGACGUAGAGGCCACGUUGCGUAGAGCAUGCCGUUUGAAGCUCACACUCCACGCCGAAAUGCAGCUUCUGGAUUUCUACGACCGCAACCCAGCUUUGGUGCCUCAACUACGUUUGAUGGGCACCAGUAAGAAAGCUUGCUAUCUUUGUUACGAAUAUCUAGUUCGGCAUCCGCUUCGCAUCCGGGUAUCGGCUUGCCAUCAAAAGGUCUACCCUACAUGGAUGCCGCCGUCCAGUCGUGAUAUUCCUGGAGUAGCUAGGAAUAAGCUUUUCUGGAGUUUUAGUAAGCAUAUUGAACAUGUGACCGUGAGAGAGCUGAGGACAGGACUGGCGGCUUCCCAGCGACCGAGGAACAAGGAUUCAACGGCAGGUCCGUCCCUGACAGUAACAGCAACUGUCCCUACGAGGUCUGGGUGUGGCACAUAG